AUGUAUCUGCCGGGCCACCCCAAUAGGGAGGAUGAAGAGUCUCUUCUCCCCAGUUCACCAACAGGAGCUCGCACCAGUUCGCCGCCCGGAUGGAGAAAAACUCUUCGGUCGUGUUCGCCGCGGGCGGCCUUGUGGCGAUCCCUUACCUUUCUGAAGCCGAGUUUCCUGGGGAGGCGAUCGCCAACCUCCGAUGCAUCUGAGAAAUCCGGCGCACCGGCGAAGAAGCCUUAUGCGACCGAGUAUCUUGAUGGCGUCCGCGGCGUUGCCUCUUUGAUCGUUUUCAUUCUGCACUGGACUCACAUCCCUUAUCCAGCUGUCAACUCGGGAUGGGGGUACAAGGACAACAGGUCUUUCUGGUUGCUACCAUUUAUCCGUAUCAUCUACUCCGGCGCCGCCAUGGUCUCCGUCUUCUUUGUCGUCUCCGGCUUCGUACUUUCUCAUCGAUUCAUUCAGCGAAUGCACCGCCGCGAGUACAAUGAGUUGUUCUCCGGCUUGACGUCGCUCACCUUCCGUCGGGCCAUUCGCUUAUUCCUUCCAGCCUUUGCUUCCAGCACCUUGGCUUUCUUGUGCGCUUGCGUUGGUAUAGUCAAUGUACCUAAGAAAGUGGACGGCAAACCAUUUGAGCACAGCCUGAAUUCGUACCUGGAGUACCUCGAUAUGGAAUCUAACCCGUGGGACUGGGCCGCGGACUUUUCCGGGUUCUAUAACCCACAAUUAUGGUCCAUCGCUGUCGAGUUCCGUGGUUCUAUGGUUGUCUUCCUGCUCCUUGUUGGGUUGGCAAAGACUCGAACAGCUGUUCGACUAGCUGUCGAAGGUGUCAUCAUGGCCCAUUCCUUUGGCCACAAACGCUGGGACGUCGCCCUAUUCAUCGCCGGUAUGACAUUGGCGGAACUUGAAGUUCUAUUGAAGAAGCCAAAGAACCCGUCGGGUAGGAACUUGGUCAAUGCCCUGCUUAUCCUUACGAUGGUCCUUGGCCUUUUCCUUUGCGGUUAUCCUCGCGACCACAAUACUGAGACCCCUGGGUACAUCUGGUCCAAAUAUGUUUGGCCAUUAACCGCUUACCGCCGGAGAUUCUGGUUGGCGAUCGGCGCCAUGUUAUUUGUUGGCCCUAUGGUAUUCUUACCUUCCAUCCAAUCCUUCUUUCUCACUCGGCCGGCUCGGUAUCUUGGCCGCAUCAGCUUUGCACUCUACCUCGUUCACGGUCUUGGGAACCGAACGAUCGGCAAGUGGCUGCUGAAUACUAGUUGGGCCUACAUAGGCAAGGAAGGGUAUUGGUCUUAUGCCAUAAGUUUCAUCGUCUCUACCACGUUGUACUUUCCUAUUGUUCUAUGGGCCUCCGACGUGUUCUGGAGAGGAAUCGAUGUGCCUUCGACCAAUUUUGCUAGAUGGUUUGAGAAGAGAUGUGCCGCACCGGAAGGUGUACGAUAG